AUGUACGCACCCGAAAUGUCACAAAAGACCUUGAUUGCAGUGGAGAAGAGAGGAGCGGAACAAAACAGUGACUAUAGUCGCAAGUGUUUCAACGUCAACGAUUUUCAGAUCCUUGCUCAUCAACUUCUGCCAAAGGAUUUGUACGAAUAUUUAGCAUCUGGCUCUGAUGAUGAAACCACUCUGAACGAGAAUCGACGUGCCUUUCAGCGCUGGUUCUUACGACCGCGUGUCAUGAGACCUGUAGGCAAAAUUUCUACUAGAACCGCACUGUUUGGGAACUCGGUCAGUAUGCCAGUUUUCGUCAGUCCAGCUGGGGUGCAUGCCUUGUGCGAUCCUGAAGGCGAAUGUUCGACUGUUCAAGCUUGUGCCAAAGCGGGUAUUCUGUUUGGUCUGAGCCAGCAUUCCACACGGAGUAUUGAGGAGGUCGCUGCUGCUGCUCCACCGACGACGGUUCGGUGGUACCAGCUGUAUAUUCUGAAAGAUAGGGAACGUACCAAGAGUCUCAUCCGAAGGGCUAUAAAAGCGGGCUACACUGGUUUGUUUCUCACGGUUGAUUCAGUCCGAUUUGGCUACAGAGAAGCAGAUGCUAGAAAUGGAUUCAAUGCUCUUCCGCCGCCUCAUAGACUAAAGAAUUAUGACGACAGUCUUCAGGGUUCCCCGUCACUGGACAAGACCUACAACGGCAAAGAAGAGAAAGCUUGGGAUCAAAAUUCGGAGCAAAUGUUUGAACAAAAUGUGAAUUGGAACGAUAUCCAAUGGAUCAAAAAAGAGGCAGGGCCGGUACCUCUUGUCAUCAAGGGAAUCAUGACCCCGGAAGAUGCGGAACUAGCAAUCUCAGCUGGAGCAGAUGGUAUUAUGGUAUCCAACCAUGGUGGCAGACAAUUAGAUGGCUGCUUGGCGACAAUUGAUGCACUUCCUCCUAUUGCCAAAGUGGUGGCAGGACGAGUGCCAAUCUUGUUGGACAGCGGAAUCAGGAGAGGAACGGAUGUCUUGAAGGCCCUAGCUCUUGGUGCUUCAGCUGUUGGCAUUGGCAAACCGGUCUUUUUCAGUUUAGCGGUUGGUGGCCAAGACGCUGUCUCGUACCUGCUCGAAUUGUUGCGAACCGAAAUCGAAGCAGCCAUGGCGAUUUGUGGUAUCGAGAAAAUCUCGGACAUCACUCCCAACUUGGUGACGUCUCAGCAGAUGCAACUUGCGAGUGCUUCGCACCUUCGCUCUUCUUUGUAA